AUCCUAAAUAGCUGGACAGUGAGACCUUUGCUUUGGCACCUGACCUGUGACUACAGGGCUAGUCGUCCUCCUCAUGUGGGCAGUAUUUAGAGAGUCCCGAGGAGAGAACUGGAGCAGAAGGACCCUGCAGGAACUCGCUGUCCUUCUCCCUCCUGCUGCACCCUCUGUUGCCAACAUCUUCUCCACCAUGUCACUUUCUGAAGCAGAGGUGCAAAGUGCUCGUGGUGCCUGGGAGAAGAUGUAUGUGGAUGCUGAGGACAAUGGGACAGCUGUGCUGGUCAGGAUGUUUACUGAACACCCAGACACCAAGUCCUACUUCACACAUUUCAAAGGCAUGGACUCUGCCGAAGAGAUGAAACAGUCAGAUCAAGUCAGGGGCCAUGGCAAGAAGGUUUUCAGUGCCAUCAACGACAUGGUGCAACACCUGGACAACUCUGAGGCUUUUCUUGGGAUAGUGACCCCACUUGGCAAGAAACAUGCCACCCAGCUGAAGAUUGACCCCAAAAACUUUAGGGUGAGUGAGCAGCCCUCUUCCCAAAGGGUGUAAUUAUGAGGAGGGCAUGUUUUCCCCUUUGAGGGGUAGAACUGCGGAACAUAGGCUUUGUAUGUUGGAAUACAUAUAUAUGCCUCAGAGAAUGGAGGUGGUGGAAGGUGAGGAGGUUGGUGGUGGAAGAUGGCAGGAGUGAGAGAUCUGGCACUGGUGGGGAAGAUGGCUGGACAGCAGAUGUGGUGCAGGCAGGUGAUGUGGUGGGAGCUGCACAGCUGCCCACGAGCUGUAGAGGGUUUUCUCAGAGCAAUACCAUUCCCACACCUGCCAUUUAAUAACAAGAUACAGAAAAGCACUUUAAUACUGGACUUCAGUCCCUGAUGUAUUUUUUAUCUUGUAACAGGAGCUGAGCUUUUCCAGGACAACCAAACCAGCUGUUAUUGAGCAACAAUGACAACAGCAGUGUCAUAAUUAAACAAACUCAAAUAAUAAAUACAGGAUCAAAUUACUUGCCCAGAUCCACCUAAGAUCACUAGCAGAGUGCAUUUAUAACUCUUUUGUCUGCCUUACACAGCAAAAAGAGGCACUUUCUGGCAAAGUUAUAUCCAAAUGAAGGUGAUUUCAAAAGCAGUGGGCCCAAUUUUCAAUGAGUGGGAAAAUAAGGGAUGAUUUCUGGCUGAAAAUACUUCUUCAGGGUAAAAAUGCACACAAAACAAUAAAUGCUGUACAGGAAAGGAGUUGGCAUUGCAAAAUAUACCACCUGACUUACUGCAAGAACUCUGCUACAGAGUGCUGGAUAGCUAAUGAGCAAGAAAGGUCAGGGAAAAACUUAGCCCUCAAGCCGUGUUUUCCAUAGGUGUCCAGCAAAGGGCUCAUCAUGGCCUUGAAAUAUUUGGGACAGUCCCCUGCCUGGAGAAGGAUUGCAGUGGAUGGACGAAGCACAUCAGUCCUAUACAGCCAUCCUUAAGUGAUAGGUGCAGUCCACAUUAACUAGGGUAAAAACACCAGCAGCAGUUUUUUUGUGAAUUCUCUAAUGCAGAUAUUUUCCAUGCCCUGUUACAAGCUCUGCAGGUCAUGUGCUCUGAAUUGUUCUUGUACCCCUUUCCGCCCUCCAAGAAUCCCAGCUAAAGAUAGGUAAGUUCUUAUGCCUCUAAUAUGGAGAAAGUUCACACUAGCUGUUUCUUCCCUUCUCCUUGUUUAGAUUAUCUGUGACAUUAUCUUACAACUGAUGGAGGAGAAAUUUGGCGGAGACUGCAAAGCUUCCUUUGAAAAGGUGACCAAUGAAAUCUGUACCCACCUGAACAAUAUCUACAAAGAGGAGGGUUGGUGAGGAUGUGCACCUCCAGGCUCUUCAAACAACUUGCCAGCAUUGAUUUGCUGCUUUUGGGCCCCCAGCCACAGCUGGAAAAAUUAAAAUUUAACAAUAAAAAAAGCAAGAAAAAAGGCUUAUACAAUAUAGAAUAUCAAUGUCAAUAAUUUCCUUAGCAAACUGAGUUUCCACAGCUGAACAAAACCCACAGAUACAUCAGUCAACCAACAAAUCCUGAUACGCCUUGCAGUUUGUUUCAGGUGGGUUCCUCUGGCCACUGUCCUUGAAGACUGCAUUUUAAGAUGAUGACUUUAAGCUUUCUAUUCCUAAAAGAAAGACUUGCUCCUGCCAGCAGCACCAGCAGCCCUUUGGCUCAACUACCACCUCUCUAUCCCCAUGACUGACAGGAAGGAGACCAUCUGAAGCAUCUCCAGAAUCUUGGUAGAGGUCAUUAUUUAAGAGGCUUGAGUUUUGUUUUGUGUUUGAACUUAAACAAGGGGGAAGUGGUGUAUGGGAAUGCCCAGCAUCUGGGAGAGACUUGAGGAAAGUCCCAUCUUGCAUGAGCCAGGAGAUUCACCCAGCCUUGGCUUCUCAGAGCAGCUUUCAGCACAAGGGAUGACAACACUGAGUGUGGUCACCACUGGACUCCUCUGGGUUGGGAUGAACGUCUCCAGGUGUGGAUUUCACUGUGUUACUCCCAGGAAAUUACUUGGGCUGAGUUCCCACAUGAAGCAAGAGUAGAGCUCACUGGCUCUUGUGCACUCAGAAUGCACCCAGCUGAUGGAGACUGCUGCCUUGUUGUGUGGGCUGCACGGGAGCCUCAGCCUGGCACGGGACUCGUUCUGUCCAGUCACACAGCCUGAGCCUCCCUUCAGUGCUAACUGAACUAUUCAAUUGCUUUUCUUUGUAUUCCUUAGACUUGGUGAAAUAAUCAGCUAGUAACUGCAAAUAACCACAUGCUGGUUUGCUUCAGUGUAAUGCAAUAAACAGAGAAAGCAGAUGUACCCUCUCAUUUGCUUCACAGAAAAGGUGAUGUGCAGCAGUGGCAGCUGGUUUAAGUGCACAUUUACUGGAGGUACUGGGGGAUUUCCAAAACCAGCUCCAGCUCCCACCCAGGCACUCAUCACACUUGUGGCAGUCAGGCUUCUCAUGGGUUUCCCUUAACCAUAAUGCAACAGUUUUGUAAACAAGUAAAAAUGCAGAGGUUUCCUUCAUUUAACAUGUAGCUUUCAUCACCCACUGCAUUUAGCAAAGGAUGCUACAUCCCAAAGUCCAGAAGGGGAACUCUAGCCAGAGGGGAAGAUGGGGCAGGCUGCUUUAUUUGCUUCAGUUUUCUGUUCAGCUCAGGGAGAAAGGGAA